UGUCUAGACUGGCACAUGAUGGGAAUCAACCAAUGGCUCCAGAGCUUUCCUGGGGCCCCGUGUGCACGGGCGAGUGUAUCCGAAAAGAAUAGCAGAGAGUGAGACUGGCAGCAAAGUCAUUCAAGUUUUCCUUUAAACCACUCCUGAGUCUUGAAUCGGAGUAGCUACAUCUGCAUCCGUAUGUUUGAGCAGCAUAAAAACUCAAUCUAAACUUUUUAUCUCGGGGUUGCAAACGGAUUAUUCUACACUACGGUGGAAAAUAACAUUGGAAUCUGAAUGCGGCAAGGAUUAUUUGGGAUUAUUUCGUGGUGAAGCAACUCCAUCGAUGUGCCGUCACAAGGAUUCUAAAGCGAAGGAUUUAACCAAGGGUGCUCAAAGUCCAAGAAAAACCUAUUUUGCUGUCGUUUCAUGUUGUAGCUAUAGCCUAGUUAUUGGAGGAAUAAUUAUGGUAUAGCCUAUGAAUUGCUGCUCGGAAGAUAGUCUUGGGGAAUUGUGUAGCCUCUGUAAAGACACACGUUUUCAUGGAGUUGGUAGACGAUAUGGUUGUAGGAUAUAACAGACCAGUAAAUGCAUGUAUGGCGCAUUCUGUUUAGCUGUGCAAUCUCGUUACAUUUGACUUUGUUUAAUGCAACAUACAACCGUAAAUUACAUUCUAAUGCUGCGAGUUAGUCAUAAAUCUACGACCCCCGGCUGCGCAUGUAGUGCGCGCCGUUUACAAAACAUUAAUGUUGUGCGGAGACCAUAAAUCAAUGUGGAAUCCUCACAGACCUGGACGGGAACAAUACGACACAUCCAAAACUGUCUAAAUUGUCGUAUGUUCAGGUCGAAACGCUCAGGUCUUAUACGGCGACUCUGGAGAAGCCGUUUAGUCCCAGACAGAGACGGGGGAGAUGGGAGAAGCAAACGAAGCGAGGAGUUUCGGGACGGUUCGUGUGGCAGUAACCCAGAAAAAAUACCCAAAACGGAGCUCGGGUCGGUGACCCGUGCCUCGCCAUCUCUGGGAACUUUCGACGAAGUGUGCAACACAGACCUCACGGACAGCGCAGAGUCGGCGCCGGGGGACAAUUCGGACCAUGGUCAGAGGGAUGCCAUGUGUGUCCCCGUCCCUCAUCACCGAGGCUCUCAGCCAGAACACGAGAAUGACAGUAGAACGGUUACUUGCUGUUUGUUUCGAGACAGGGACCCUAGACCUCGGAGCCCCGUCUUGACCCGGGGUAUUCGAAACUCUAGUCCCCGCGAUGGAGGUAUCCUCACGGGACGGGAGGGGAAUACUGUCUCGGUGGCCGAGCAAGAACUCAAGAACGUUACCUAUGCUCUUUUGAAAAGACUCAAGGAGAAACCGCUGGAUGCCUUGUUGGAGGCGGUGGAGUCGAAAGGAGGGAUGCCCAGUGACUGUGUUCUGGUACCCCAGACGGAGCUGCGUUUAGGUGGCCACUCGACAUCUCCCCCAUUUCUGCUCUGUAAACUCUACCGAUGGACUGACCUGCACCACUCGACUCAACUCAAAGCGCUGUGCCACUGUCAAAGCUUCUGGGCAUUGGACAGCAGCGAAACGGUGUGCUGUAACCCCUAUCACUACAGUCUCUUGUGUGGGCCAGAAUCCCCACCACCCCCCUACUCACGACUAUCUCCCUCAGAUGAACACAAGCCACUGGAACUAUCAGAUUCAACACUGUCGUACACUGAAACUGUGGCCCCCCACUCCCCCGACGUCGCGCCAAGACUCUUCUCAGACCCCGGUACCUCCGCGGGCUCCUCGUCCUCCUGUGGGCGGCGUUCCCACUGGUGCAGCGUAGCCUACUGGGAACAGCGGACGCGGGUCGGCCGCCUCUACCCGGCCCACGAGCCCUCGCUCAGCAUCUUCUACGACCUACCUCAGGGCACGGGCCUCUGCCUGGGCCAACUCAACGCCGUUGCCAACGCUAGCAACGGUCACCGCUGCGACGGUGGCGGCGGUCACCAUGGCAACCGUAGUCACCGCGGCGGUAGUGGCAGCAGCAGCAGCACGGGCAGCUGUGUCCAGCGAACACGCAGCAAAAUCGGCUACGGGAUUGUCCUGAGCCAAGAACCUGACGGAGUGUGGAUCUACAACCGUAGCCAGCACCCAGUGUUUGUCCACUCGCCCACCCUGGACCUGCCCAGCUCAGUGAGGGGACUGACGGUGAGGAGGGUGAUGCCUGGCUACUCACUCAAAGUGUUUGACUAUGACAAGUCCAGCUGGAUCCUGCAGCAGGGCAUGGAGCCCCCUGUGGGGCUGGAGGGCCCCUAUGACCCCCACAGUGUGAGGAUCAGCUUCGCCAAGGGCUGGGGCCCCUGCUACUCCAGACAGUUCAUCACCUCCUGCCCCUGCUGGGUGGAGGUGUUGCUCAAUACCCACAGAUAGCACACAGACUAGGAAGACAGACAGAGGGAUGGAUGGACAGGCAUACACACGGAUAGACAGACGGGAAAACACAAAUACAGUACACGUAUUUACUUACACAGGUGCUCACAGGUAUAUGUGUACACCCACACACAGGCACACACACACACACACACAGCUAUCUCAAUCAACUAUCCCAAAUAUAAUCUACCUAGAUUUAAUAUAAAGUUUUAUAUAUUAUAUGAAAUAUAUUAUACUUGUAAAUACCAAGUCAUUUUUACAAUGCAAUUAUUUAUGUAUAGUGUAAUGUGUAUAUGGACAAAAUCAAAAAGGAACAGAAUUAUGCACUUUGGAUUCUAUAUAUGCAUUCUCAAUGCCUUUUGAAAGAGAUAUAUCCUGCAAACAAUAGGACGCACCCGGUUUUAGUUCUCAUAUUUUAUCAAUCACCUGGAAAAGUUAUGCCAUUCACACUUUGACAAUAAAGUACUCGUAUUCUAA